AUGGAUUUUCACGGACCAGUAAUAUCAACAACAAAGCAUGGAAGCAAAUAUAUGAUAUCAUUAACUGACGUUCUAUCAAAAUUCGUUAUUACAAAAGCAGUGCGUGAUUGUACAGCAGCGACGGUCGCACGAUUCGUUACAGACGAAGUGAUUUUGAAAUAUGGGACACCCAAAUGCAUUCUUACCGACAAUGGAACACUCUUCACCGCUUCAAUAAUGACAGAAUUAUUUAAAAAGAUUGGCGUUAUACAUCUAUACUCCACACCUUAUCAUCCGAUGACGAAUGGACAAAUCGAACGGUAUAAUGCAACAAUGGACGCAAAAAUAGCUGCUUGGUCGAAUGAAAAACGAACAAAUUGGGACGAACAACUAUCCUUCGUCACUUUUAACUACAAUACUAACAUCCACACAACAACUGGAAAAAUUCCUUUCGAAAUGAUGUAUGGUCGUGUACCAAUAUUACCGUUCGAUCAACAAGAAUACACGGCCAUAUUAACACAAGAUUCACAACACAUCAAUCGAUUGAAACAAUAUCUGUUAUCAUUAACCGAUGAAGCGAAAUCAAAUAUCUUGCAAUAA